GAAAAGUGGAGCUGAGCCGCAGAUUUGGCUGCUGCGGAGGACUUGGAGGGGCUGGAGGGGGCAACCAGAGCACUUCAGGAGUCUGGCCGGAGCUGUCAGAACCACGCCUAUAGGGGCCCACAAUUGGUCCAGAAAGCGUAAAAUCAGCAAUCAAAGGGGCUUGGUUCAUUAGUGUUGGGAUGGAGGCAGGAAGGACAUGUGAGAUAGUCACAGAUCUGCAGUGAACGGAGCCACAUCUCUCCAGUCAGUGUGGGAUGACUGAAGCAGCCUGCCCAGGGAAGCAGCUUAUUUCUCUGAGAGCCAGACAGCGCAGCCUGGCUCUGUCCUCCCGGCGCCGCUUCCACUGAAGGACUCGCUGGAGAAACCAAAGGAAGAUCAGCAACUCUUGGGCUAUUUUUCUUCACCCUGAUAACGCGAUUCGUGUUUGGCACCGCCACUGUAAAAAUAUCUUCUGCUUUACAGAAAUUAAGUGCUCGCGAAGCGCCGGACCUACACUGGCUCUAGGUGGGGGGAAAUACCACUGAACAUCCAUUAUUUCACUACGGUUUUUGUGGAUGCACCGAUGAGAGAUCCAGUUUUUACAGGGACUGCCAUGGCUUAUCACCCUUUCCACGCUCACCGGCCGACCGACUUCCCCAUGUCCGCCUUCCUAGCGGCCGCUCAGCCCUCCUUCUUCCCGACGCUCAGCCUUCCUCCCGGGGCGCUCACCAAGCCUAUCCCGGACCAUGGCCUGGCCGGGGCGGCGGAGGCUGGGCUCCACCCGGCCCUUAGCCACCAUCAGGCGGCUCAUCUCCGCAGCCUGAAGAGCCUGGAGCCGGAGGAAGAGGUGGACGACGACCCGAAAGUCACACUGGAAGCCAAGGAUCUUUGGGACCAGUUUCAUAAACUAGGCACGGAGAUGGUUAUUACCAAGUCCGGAAGGAGAAUGUUCCCGCCGUUCAAAGUGAGAAUAAACGGGCUGGAUAAAAAAGCCAAAUACAUCCUGCUGAUGGACAUCGUGGCUGCGGAUGACUGCCGCUACAAGUUCCACAACUCCCGCUGGAUGGUGGCGGGGAAGGCCGACCCGGAGAUGCCCAAGAGGAUGUACAUCCACCCGGACAGCCCGGCCACCGGGGAGCAGUGGAUGGCCAAGCCUGUUGCUUUCCAUAAACUCAAGUUGACUAACAACAUCUCGGACAAGCACGGAUUUACCAUCCUGAACUCCAUGCACAAGUACCAGCCCAGGUUCCACAUAGUGAGAGCCAACGACAUCCUGAAGCUACCUUACAGCACCUUCAGGACCUACGUCUUCCCGGAGACGGACUUUGUGGCCGUGACAGCCUAUCAAAACGACAAGAUAACGCAACUGAAGAUUGACAACAACCCGUUUGCCAAAGGAUUCAGAGACACCGGGAAUGGAAGGAGGGAGAAAAGGAAGCAGCUGACCCUUCCGUCGCUGCGGAUGUAUGAGGACCAGUGCAAGGCGGACCGGGAGGGCGCCGACUCUGACGCCUCGUCCAGUGAGCCUCCAGCCGGCAGAGACGCUGUCCACUCCCCGCUGGGAGCUGGGACCAGCCCGCUGAGGUUCAACAGGCCCAGUCGAGAUGACAAAACCUGCACUGACAGCGAGCAGGAGCUGGAGCAUCACGACGAGCGCUGCACCGGCUCCAACAGCCCCGGACCCGAACCCCUGUCCCCCUACAGCUCCAGAUGUGAGGAGCGAAUCAGGGACAGGCCGAGCGCGGAAAAGAAGGACGACUCCAUAUUCAGUAUAAGGAAUCUGGAGAAGGACAAAGCAGAGAGCAGGCACAGGAAGGACGCCACGGAUAAAAAGGACUCGGAGGCUGGAGGCAUCGGCGCCAGCAAGGACGCCUUCUCCCCUCUCAUGGUCCAGACCGAGAGUCCCUCUCACUUCAGCCCGGGCCACUUACAAAGCCUGGCUCUGUCUGGCCUUCACAGUCAGCAGUUCUUUAACCCUCUGAACACCGGAUCACCGCUGUUGUUUCACCCCGGGCAGUUUGCCAUGGCCCCUGGAGCUUUUUCUGCUAUGGGCAUGGGGCAUCUAUUGGCCUCUGUAUCCGGAGCAAGCGGUUUGGAAAAUGGCAGCCUCUCCGCCCAGGGCACGGGAGGAACCCCCAGCCCCUUCCCUUUCCAUCUGUCCCAGCACAUGCUCGCCUCUCAGGGUAUCCCCAUGCCCACGUUUGGAGGUCUUUUCCCGUAUCCCUACACCUAUAUGGCAGCAGCUGCAGCGGCGGCGUCGGCCUCGGCUCUCCCGGCGACCAGCACGUCCAGCCCGCUGUCCAGGAACCCCUUCCUGGGCUCAUCCCGGCCUCGGCUUCGCUUCAACCCCUACCAGCUCCCAGUGUCGCUGCCUCAGAGCUCCAGCCUGCUCACCACUGGCCUGCCCAGCGCCCUCAACCCCGGCUCCGAAUCUUCGAAACCGGGCAGCAGGGAGACCAGCCCGGCCCCGGAGCACCACAGCAACCACAAGACAGGCUCCGCCGGGAGGGCCAGUUCUCCCAAAGCCUCCAUAAAGGACUCGGUGAACGAGCUGCAGAGCAUCCAGAGACUGGUGAGCGGUCUGGAGGGCCAGAGGGAGCCCUCCCCGACCACAGACUCUCCCAAGUGAUGAAGACUCUCCACCGGGAUGAAGGCUCAGCUUCAAUACCAGUGGACCUACAGUAUAAUCCUUUUGUCUUGUACAGCACAUUACAGAGACUGGGACUAUAGGGUGCGACCGAUAUGGGUCGGUGAAGGCUGAUAUUUUUGGAGUGAAGCUGCCGAUAAGUCGAUAUUUUGUGCCGAUAUUCAGUAUCUGUCCAUUUGAUCAUUUUAAAGAUUUCCCCCAGAACUUUAUCCCUGAGUGGAAAAGCCUCUGAAACAACAUGUUAGACCACCGUGGGACACUAAAACUCUCCACUGACACCCAGAGUAAGGAAAUUCUUUGUGCUUGUUUUUUUUUUUUUUUUUUUUUUUUUUGGGUUAGCAGCUCUUUAAGGGCAGGGUGACCUACACCACACCAUCCGCUCAGUGGAAACUCUGGGAUACAUUACUGCCUUUAAAUGAAGAGUUAAUUCACACAAACCUGUCUUGAACAGUUAAAUUGAUAAAAUAAUAAUUUUUAAAAAUGUGUAAAGAAAAGCAAAUUUCAUUUAAAAAUGAUUUAGACUAUGGGACACUAAAAUAAUAAAUAUAAUAAUAAAGCUAUUUGUGUGAAAUCUGAUCAAAAUGUGUCAGGUUGAAAUCUUCCCAUAGGCAACCAGUGCAGUAUUGAUCACAAUAAACAACAUAAUCAAUCAGACUGCAUCAUAGCCAUCAUAUCAGACUCUAACUGGGUGUGUUGGCCAAUAUCGGCUCCAUUUAUCGGUCAAACCCUGCCAGGAGCCGCAGCUCCCUCAGACUGACUGGCGCUUUGAAAAGUGGAAACCAAAAGUGUGUUUGAGUUUGGUAACUUGAAGCAUUAUAGCGUCCCGACCUGGUUGAAGGAACAUGUUGAGCGUCCACCUGGUGACGUCAGUCCGUCAACACGAGCCCCCUCACACUAUCGGGCAGGUGGGAGCGGGCUAUAAAGCUACAUCCAAAAAAAAAAAAAAAAAAAAAAAAAAAAAAAGUUUUAAUAGCUUAUAUUUCAAAAGGGAUGGAAGAUGAACGUUCCGUCUGCGAUAUCAGUGACAAGAACCGCUUAUCAUUUCUUGCCAGAAAAAAUUCUGUUUCUGAACUAUUUAUGUAAUUAAAAAAAAAUAAAAAAAUAAAAUUCUGUAAAUAAAGCUAGGAUCCAAGAAUAUGCAAUUGGUAUUAAUUUAUUCAAGGCUGUAUAUUAGCGUGUAUAUAUUUCGAAUUUAACUCGUUGCUUUUUUUUCCAUUUUCAUUUUACAUGAACGUAUACUGUAAAUGAAAGCUAUUUAGCGCUUGUUGGGUUUGAAGAAAAAAGAAGAAAAGGAAAGGAAAAAAAAAAA